AUGAGGUUUCAUCAUAGGCGUGUUUGGAUUUUCAUAUUAUACUUAUUCUCAUUGGUAAAAGGACAAAGUAGUCGAAGUCGACCGAUUGGACCACUUACCGAUGACUUUCAAAAUUGGCUUGUGGCAAAUGGUUAUGAAAGUUUAAAUUUUGAUCGGCCAGAUAUUGGCCCAAGCGGUAGCUUUGGUGGUAGAAAGAAAAGAAGUCAAAGAAUAUCACGGGAGCCAGUGAUCUUUGUACACGGUAAUGCCGAUGCAGCAUUAUACAUACAACCACCUUUAGCAACCGGAUGGUCACGAUCAAUUCAAUAUUUCUUGGAACAGAAUUAUACCUCAGCCGAAUUAUAUGCAACAACCUGGGGUGAUACUUGGGCAGGUGGAAAUAUUUUGACAACUUACAGUACCAUGCAUACUUGUUCAAAUCUUAUAUAUUUGAGGAAAUUUCUUAUUGCUGUAUUGGAUUACACUGGUGCAUCAAAGGUUGAUGUUAUUGCACAUUCUCUUGCCGUACCAUUAAUGAGGAAAGUUCUAAAAGGUGGUGACCUGAUAGCAACUGAUGGAAAUUGCAUUCUUGGGAAACCUUUGGGUCAUCGAGUUGAUACGUUUUUGGGCAUUUCUGGUGCCAAUUAUGGUCUUUGCAUUUGUCAACUGGCACAAACAAUACCAGCGUGGUGCAAUGCUUUGGAUGGUUUGUAUCCUGGAUAUACCUGUGAGGAUCAGUUAAUUUGUGGAUAUCCGGACUCUGAAUGCAAACAAAAAAACUACUCUGCCUUUUUGGAGAAUUUAAAUAACGAUUCGAAUCGGGAAGCUGAUCAUGUAUACGCCAUGUGGUCCGACGUAGAUGAAGUGUUACUGUUUCGAGGAAUGACCUGGGGCAAACCAACCAGUCGUAUACCGGGAAUGAAUGGUCGUUGGGUAUCCGACAGGAACGGUCACAUGGCGAUGAAAGAUCUGACGGAAUUAAGACAGUACGAAGCAGUUGUACAUCAUUCAAUUUAA